CAAUAUCUUUUGAGAGAUUACAAAUGGUGGUGCUCUACUGUGAGGUCAACUCUCGCCAUCUUGCGAGAAGCUGGAAAACCCUGUGACAAUAUUGGGGAAACCUAUUUGAAGAUCAGUGGCUUGUCACGACAUAUUUUACGAGAAAUAAACCCUUGAAUACUGCAGUAAUUCGAUGUGGACGAGAAGCUGUUUGCAUCAUCGUAUUUGACUCAAAAACUUGUAAAAUGACGAGGCAGUAAAGGCGGGGUGUGAACAAUUUUGCAGUUUUAAAUAGUAAACUGUAUAUUGCAUGGCUAUGCAGCUGGAUUGAGCUGAGUCUACAGCACGAGGCCGUAAUGAGAGUGACAAGUUUUGUGAACAAAGUUUGAUGUAAAGCCAGGAUUGUUUCUGCAUAUUCAACGUUGAUUUGGUCGAAAUUUGGCGUAAACUGAUACUUUGUGCUUCUCGAGGAGCUUGGAGGCUUCUCAGAAGGAGUACAUCUGUGCCCAUUUCAAGCUACUCACAAUUUCUUGGGGAUCCAACUCCAAGUCCAACUGGCCGAAGUGGUCGAUUUAGUCCAUUUUCAUUUGUGCCAACUUUGUUUGGGCACAGUACUGUAUGUUCCAGUCUGGCGAAUUUUGUAGAAAACAAGCCAAACUCCAAGAUGGCCAGCAUGAGCAGGGCCCGAGUCUAUGCUGAUGUGAACUCUCACAGACCCAGAGAAUACUGGGACUAUGAAUCACAUGUUGUUGAAUGGGGGCAACAGGAUGACUACCAGAUCGUUAGGAAGCUGGGAAGGGGCAAGUACAGUGAGGUCUUCGAGGCAGUCAAUAUCACCAGUAAUGAAAAGUGUGUCAUCAAAAUCUUGAAGCCUGUGAAAAAGAAGAAGAUUAAGAGAGAAAUUAAGAUCCUGGAAAAUCUAAGAGGGGGUCCCAACAUCAUAGCACUACAAGCCAUUGUUAAAGAUCCUGUGUCCCGAACGCCAGCUCUUAUAUUUGAGUAUGUCAACAAUACAGAUUUCAAGCAACUGUACCAAACAUUAAAAGACUAUGAAAUCAGGUAUUACCUGUUUGAACUACUAAAGGCUUUAGAUUACAGUCACAGUAUGGGUAUCAUGCAUCGAGAUGUGAAACCACACAACGUCAUGAUAGAUCAUGAAAACAGACGGCUGCGUUUGAUAGACUGGGGUCUAGCAGAGUUCUACCAUCCCGGGCAAGAGUAUAACGUCAGAGUAGCAUCAAGAUACUUCAAAGGUCCUGAACUGCUAGUCGACUACCAGCUGUACGACUACUCACUAGACAUGUGGAGUUUGGGCUGCAUGCUAGCAAGUAUGAUAUUCCGCAAGGAACCCUUCUUCCACGGCCACGACAACUACGACCAACUAGUCAGGAUUGCCAAAGUCCUGGGCACGGACGAGCUCUACGAGUACCUGGACAAGUAUCAGAUUGAACUGGAUCCGAGGUUCAAUGAUAUCUUAGGAAGGCAUUCGCGGAAACGAUGGGAACGGUUCGUGCACAGUGAGAACCAGCAUCUAGUCAGUCCAGAGGCCCUGGACUUCCUGGACAAACUAUUACGCUACGACCACCAAGAGAGGGUCACCGCAAGGGAAGCCAUGGAACACCCAUACUUCUACCCUGUGGUGAAGGAACAGAACAGAUCGAUGCCACCAGUCAUGAGUACGCAACCCAACACCUCAACUAGCGCCACAAAUUCAAGCAGCGCAUCAUCUACUCGUAAAGCGAUUGACACAAAAGCGCGGCCGUCCGGCACCAUCCCUGGAGCCCCCCUGAUACCGACGCCCACAGCCCAGACCGUCUCACCGAUACCCAACCCCAGCCCAGCAGCAGCAGUAGCACCAUAGGCACACUAUCCUCUGGGGGCAGUGGUGUAGCCAGGAGGAUGAAAGGAUGGGGGGGGGGGGGGGGGGGAAUGAGACAUGAGGGUGCUAGGUUGUGGGUCAAUACUGCUCGCGAUACUUUUGUCUUCUUUGCAAUUUGGAAGCUCUCAUGAUUGUUAUGUAUCUACCGGAGAAUAAGGGGAUGGCUUUUUUACCCCAACCCAUUUUUAUUUGGGGGAAGAUCAGCAUUACGGCUUGGAAGCGGAGGGGGAAGUAACAUUCCCCUUUCAUUUCCAUAGAUGACACCAUCCCUUCCUUAGCCUGUGUUCUAUACUGCAAAAUGUCCAUUCUUUUGGCUACAUCACUACCCACUGUUCCUCAAUUGUACAACCUUCCUUGCUUUUGCGAGGAAGAAUCAUUUUAAAAUGCAUUUACUAUAGAUUUUGUGUCCUUGAGCGUUGUUAGAUCAGCCAUGCCAAUCAGCAUGGCCUAGUCUUUAUUCUGAGAUUCCUGAUUUUGACUCAAGAGGGCGGCAUCCAAUGACGAGGUCAGCACCUCAUUCAUUGAUGCUCUAGAAGUUUUCACACGAGGGCAUUACCGAUUUCUUUUCUCGAAAUCCGGUAGAUUAGCGAGUGGGUUAUAUGCACCUGUAGCAUUACAACAAAAUCCAAGCAAGUCAACUUGGUACUUUGAAUAAAAUUGGUCUGUGUCGAGAUUGGAAUCCAUUUUUCUCCCCUCCUUUUUCCAUGUAUGUGGUGUGUAAAAAAUUAACAAGUUAUAUUUUAGAAUGAAAAGGAAAGAAGGAGAAGUAAUGUUGCAAAUGUAGUUAGGAAUUCAUUGGUGAGAGUUGCAUUGAAAUCAGUGAUGCCCAUGACAAGCAUUAAUUGCUUUGUAUAGUAGCAUUUAAAAUGGGCAUGACUGAUUUGAUACCAUUAACAGGCUGUGAUGCCUUCGCUUUAACGUAUGAUUUUAAAGAAAGCUUUGAGGCAGGUUUUAAGUUAUGAUCUAAAGAAUGGGUUAUAUUUUAUCAUGAAUUUCUUAGUAAAGAUAAUUGAAUUCAGUCCUGUUUUCUUUUUUAUAUGAUGACUCGUAUGUAUGUAUGUAUGUAUGUAUGUAGUGGGUACUGACUUUAAACCAUAUAUGAAGUACCCUACGGUGGAACUUUCAAUGGUCAACCAAACCUGCAACAAAUUAGUUACAUGACCGCGUUCGAAGGUCCCUCCCAGCAACUGUUCAAACUAUCUUGUCACAAGCCUGAAAAUACUUGAAAAAUCCUCUUUUCCAAGUAUUUUGAUUACAUUUCACAAGCCAAUUGCUACCAGUGGUGUUUAUAUAGACCAGGGCUGAAAAUGGUAUACUAAUAUUUGCACCACACUGGAAUGUGUUACAAGUUGUUCAUGGCAUUCCAUGUGGAAAGAAAUGUAUUCAGUUAAACAUGGAAAAUCCAAAAGUGGAAGGGUGUUCUCCCUUCAAAGACUUAUUUUGUUUUUAAUUAAAUAAAGAAAGAAGCUCCGACUACAGUGACAAGCUAUACUCUUCCCUUCAACAAAAUUAUUCACAUAUAUUUUUCCCAUUUAUUCUGAAGCAAUGUUAUGGAAACUUAUAAAAUGACUCAAAUUCAAUUAUUUUCACACACAAAAAAAAUGAAAUUCACCUCAUUUGGUAAAGGCUAUCAAAGCUCAUAAAUUCUUGAAAAAAAUUAUUUUUUGUUUUUGUUAAAUAAUUGAUUAUUUUUCAUGUUUUGUUCAGGUUAGGUUGACCCACCAAAACAAUACUUUUGUUUGAUUUAAAAGUAUGUACACUUUGUCAUGUGGAGUAAAAGAUUCUCCAUUUGUUACACAGCCAGUCAGGUAUUUGUAUCAUUAUAUGUAAGGUAAUAACUAUACUGUGUAUUUAUGAAUCAGACCGUACUUUGGGGACGUGUACAAAUGGACAGAAUUUUGUAGAAAUCUAUGAUUGUAUAUUUUGUACCACUUUUUCUUCUUUUUGUUGGAUUUCUUUUAACCAUGCCAGCUUUUGGAUUAAACAUUUCAGUAUUUACUAAGCUACAGUUAUCUAUUCAAGCUGAACUCUAAAAAUGUUCAGAUCCAUUUUACAGAGGAAAUCUCAGUGAAAGUCUGCUGUUUGUGAGGUUAAAUGUUUUUUAUAAUGCAGUUCAAAGCUUGAAGAAUCCUCAUUUGCGUUUCAAGAAACGUUAAAGGUGUCUACAAAUCGUCAGGCUUUACUUUGCAAUUUGUUGGUACCAAGUUCUCUCUUGCGUGUGACUGUGCAGUUAAUGGUAAUGGACAGUCUACUAUCCAUCAUUCUUAUGUGAACAAUCCUUAUUUUUGUAAUGCAUUUCCAACAGAUGGGGAGAGAGCAAUUCACACUGUUGCCAACUUGAAGAACUGCAGUAGUUGUACACACAGUUGUGUUCUACUUCUGAAAAAAAGCAUUUGCUGCUAAAUGUAAACUUGCCUUUCACACUGCAGAUUACACAGGCUUUGUGCUUUGUUUGUGUAUACUGCAAUAUCCAGUUUCAAAUCAAAGGGAUUAUAACAAGAUUUAUGUUUUGUUUCUCCUGAGUAAGACUUUCUUUACUUUUUUUAAAAUCUCCAAUCGAUAUGUUCAUUGUUAGUGAUUUUACAAGGAACCAUAGGAUUUUAAUGACAGUCUGUGAAGAUCAUUACAUGAUUGCUCCUGGAAAUAGAUACAUGCACAUACAGAUGGUGUAAGCCAAAAAAUUUCUAUCAAUCUUGAAGCACAACAAACCUGCCUUUCAGACAGUAACUUCAUGGACAUCAUUACAAGUUUGCCAGAUUUUGUAACACUCUGUAGCAAAGAUUUUAUAGAUAUCUCAAAUGUAUUCAUUUUUCUUUUGGCGGGGAUAGUUUUUAUUUAUUUAUUUUAUUCUUAUUUUUUUCUGAAACCACGAUCAAGUGGACUUCUGUUUUGUGCAGAAAAGAAGAAGGUGCCAUUUCAUAUCAAAGGAAUUUUGUAACAUCAUCUCUGUGUGCUUGACUUGUGACCUGUCUUUUUAAUGUCAGCAAUCACUGUUAAAGUUUCUCUCUGUACAGGUUCGAAAGGAAAGAAAUAAGAUGAAAAAUCAUUCAAAAGAUUUAAACUUUUACUUCUUCCUAGCUACACAAACAUAGACCACAUUGUACAGAUGCUUACCCAGAUGAAAACAGCUGAAACUAGUCUGGAUUUUUGUUUUCCACUACUUUUUCUUUUUAGUCAGAUUCAAAAGGAAAAAAAAGAGAUAACAAUCCUUCAAAAGAUUUAAACUUUUACUUCUUCCUAGCUAAACAAACAUGGACCACAUUGUAUAGAUGCUUACCCAGAUGAAAACAGCUGAAACUAGUCUGGAUUUUUGUUUUCCACUACUUUUUCUUUUUAGUCGGAUUCAAAUGGAAAGAAAAGAGAUGAAAAAUUAAGGGGAAAAAAAAUGAAUUUUUUUCUUCUUCCUAGCAAAACAAACAUGGACCACAUUGUAUAGAAGCUUACCCAGAUGAAAACAGACGAAUGUACUCUAAAUUUUUAUUUUCCAUGACUUUGGAACUCUGAUUUUUAUAUUUGUGAUACAGUACUGUGAUUAUCAGUGUGUCUCAUAUGUUUUCUUAUGCAGAAUUUCAGACAGUGCCCGCUGAGUGGGCCGAAAGAAGUAUUUUGAUUUUGUAUUUAACAUGAGAUGAGAAGUAACUCAUUAAGUGAAAUACUUGUAGUAUAGUUAAUAGAGAGAAUUCCCAAAGUAAAUUUGAUUUCAUCCCUUCACUCUAAAGCACAUGAGACAAAACAAUACCUUGAUUGUUAAUAUAAUCACAAAGCAAGUUUUCAUGUUGCGAUAGUUUUCAUCUUUAUUUUUUCUUUGCAUUGUUGGCCCAGUCCUCUCCAUUUAUAGGUUGUAAUAAAUGGGUGUGAGAUGUGAAAUUUAGAUGGACGUUAAAUGAGCGCAACACUGUGUUACACUGUGUGUAGCAAGGCUUUCUUAGUUUGAUUUUUAGUGAUGCUGCAUUUUGUAGCACCGGUAUAUGCAUUAUAUUUAACUGCUAUCAAUGCUAAACUAAAAGCAAGUGAGGGUGGGAGAGAGACUACCCUGCUAUGAUAUGCAUCAAUGUAGUAAUAGCUACAUUAAAAAAAGUUGUCUGGGGAAAGUAGAUUUUCCUCUUUUUUUCUGUGAAUACCUUUUUGAUUACUUGUAAAUUUAACCCUUUUUGAAAUCAUCAUGUAGAACACUUGUAAGCCUGACAUGUAACAUUUCUUUUUUUCAUUUAAUAUUUGGAGGAAAUAAUUUCCUCUAUAUUCUUUUGUGAGUUGGUUAGUUUUGAUAACACCAAAUGUAUUUAUGUCCAAUGUACGUGAGGUGUGCAUAUAGGAAAAUGAUUUUAUUUCAGUAUUUUUUAUUGUUAAACACCGAGUGUCAAAAUAAGUGUCACGUGGGUUGAUUAUGAUACCUUCUUUUUCUUUCCCCUGCUCAUUUGGUGGUACAUAAACAUGAUAAUGAAUAAUAAAUAUUGAAAAUUAUUGUUGUCAACA